GUCCCUUCUUUGUGAAGUUUCCUGGCCUACGUCAUGCCCAAGCGACGAAAACUCCGAUAAAAACUCAAGCAAGAUCAUGUACGGUUUUACCAUCAUUUGUCGGGUUAAAAUUUUUAGUACAUAACGGUAAAGAUUACAUACCCGUUAAUAUUACUGAAGAAAUGGUGGGUCAUAAGUUGGGCGAAUUUUCUCCUACCAGGAAGAAAUUUUCUUUUAGAAAAACCAAAAACAAGUGA